ACCCCAGCGCCGGGAGGGAGUCCCUGCGCGCCCCCGGGCAGGGCCAGGCCCGCCCCAGCCCCGCUGCGCCAGCGGGGCCUGCCCGGUGUGGGAGAGGGGGAGGAGGAGGAGGGACUCCGCAGCGGCAACAACUGACGUGUCCCCGCCAUGGAGCUCGGCGUGAUUCAUCAGCGGCAGCGGGGCGGCAGCGGGGUGCCGCGCUCCGCUCCCGCCUAGGCACUGCCGCGGCGGGGACAGCUCCGGCACCGCUCCGCCGCCCGCGCCGCCCUCCUCCUCCCUCCUCCUCCUCUUCCUCGCCGCCUCUCCUCUUCCCCCGCGGCAAGGCGAAUAUCCCGGGGGAGGCAAGAUGGAAGAAAUCCUGCGAAAGCUGCAGAAGGAGGCGUCGGGGAGCAAACACAGGGCCAUCAAGGAGAGCUGCACCUGGGCCAUCGAAACCUUGGAUUCUCCCGAUGCUGCUAUCAAGAUACCACCAUAUCAGCUGAGGGAGAAGUGUCUCCUUCCUCUUCAACUGGCUCUGGAAUCAAAGAGCAUGAAGCUGGCCCAACAGGCUCUAGCAGGGAUGCAGAAGCUGCUGUCUGAUGAGAGGUUUGUAUCCAUGGAAACAGACUCAGAUGAGAAACAGUUGCUUAAUCAGAUGCUGAAUGCUGUCAAAGUGACUCCAUCGCUCAAUGAAGACCUGCAAGUUGAAGUGAUGAAGGUCUUGCUCUGUAUAACAUAUACCUCCACCUUUGAGCUGAAUGGCAGUUCAGUGUUGAAGAUUGCUGAGUUGUGUUUUGCAUGCCAUAGAGCUGGAAGUCCCCGAAUGCAUGAAAUGAUCAAAAUGUCCAUUGCACACCUCUUUGGAGCCCUGAGCUCUGGCAUUUUUACUGCUGCUUCUUCAUCAGUGGCUUUUCAAAAGGUUUGCAUUGAGACAUAUGUGUCUAGCUGUCACCAGCGGAGCAUUAACACCGCUGUGCGGGCAACCCUCAGCCAAAUGUUGAGUGACUUGACUUUACAGUUACGACAAAAGCAAGAAAACAUGAUAGUUGAAAACCCUGACAACUUGCAGAAAUUCAAGAGUCAAGGUACUUCAGCUGAAUCUCUUUGUGAUGAUGUUGUAUCUGUCCUCACUGUACUCUGUGAGAAGCUCCAGGCUGUCAUAAAUGACAAUCGUCAACUUCAGCUUCUUUACUUGGAGUGUAUCCUCUCCAUGCUGAACAGCUCCUCCCCCAGCAUGCACCAGCACAAAGGAUUCACUGAUCUAAUAUGGAAGCAACUGUGUCCAGCCCUAAUAGUAAUCCUGGGAAAUCCAAUCCAUGAUAAAACUAUCACCUCUGCCCACAGCAGCAUCUGCCUUGAGGCUGAUUCACCUUCCUCAGGGAUCUCUGAUCAUGGCCGGGGUUCAGGUUGUUCUUCCACAGCACCUGCCCUUAGUGGGCCCGUUGCACGGACCAUUUAUUAUAUUGCAGCAGAACUGGUUCGACUGGUGGGGUCAGUGGAAUCCAUGAAGCCUGUGCUGCAGUCUCUGUAUCACCGGAUGUUGCUUUACCCACCACCUCAACACCGAGUAGAAGCCAUCAAAAUUAUGAAGGAGAUACUUGGCAGUCCUCGGCAGCUUUGUGAUUUGGCAGGGCCCUGCUCUUCUGAGUCAGAAUCCAAGAAGAGGUCUAUUUCUAAAAGAAAGUCCCAUCUGGAUCUUCUCAAGCUUAUCAUGGAUGGGAUGACGGAAGCGUGCAUCAAAGGUGGUAUUGAAGCAUGCUAUGCCUCAGUGUCCUGCGUCUUUGCCCUGCUUGGAGCGUUAGAUGAGCUGAGCCAAGGGAGGGGUCUUAGUGAAGAGCAGAUCCAGCUGCUGCUCCAGCGCUUGGAAGAACUGAAGGAUGGGACUGAGACAAGUAGGGACUCCAUGGAGAUCAAUGAUGCUGACUUCAGGUGGCAGAGACGCAUCCUGUCCUCAGAAAACCCUGCCUGGGAAUCAGGGAAUGAGAAGAGUCCUGAUAUCAGCAUUAGCGUUACCACAGACACUGGUCAGACUACUUUGGAAGGGGAUAUGGGACAAACAACUCCAGAGGAUAAUCCAGAAAAUCAAAAAAACUCCCUGCCAUCUCCGGCUGGACAUGAAAGCAAAGAGAUUCAUUUCAGAGAACCAGAGUCAGAAACCAUUGACCAGCCAGAUGUUGUUCAAAGAAGCCACACCAUAGUCUAUCCAGAUAUAACUAACUUUUUAUCAGUUGAUUGCAAGACCCGAUCCUAUGGAUCCAGAUAUAGUGAAAGUAACUUCAGUGUAGAUGACCAGGACCUUUCUAGGACUGAGUUUGAUUCAUGUGAUCAGUAUUCCAUGGCAGCAGAAAAGGAUUCGGGCAGGUCUGAUGUCUCAGACAUAGGCUCUGACAAUUGUUCCCUGGCUGAUGAGGAGCAGACCCCACGGGAUUGCCCAGGUCACAGGUCCUUACGCACUGCUGCUCUCUCUCUGAAACUGCUGAAGAGCCAAGAAGCAGACCAACACAGUGCACGGCUCUUCAUCCAGUCACUUGAAGCACUUCUUCCUAGGCUUAUAGCUCUUCCCAGCAUAGAAGAAGUGGAUGGAGCACUGCAGAGCUUCUCUUCAACAUUCUGCUCAGGUAUGAUGCACUCACCAGGAUUUGAGGGAAACCUAAAUUUCAACUUCCAGACUCUGAUGAAUGCAGACAGUCUCUACGUGGUAUCACAUUACACUUUGCUGCUCAACCUAAAAUUGGCAAACUCAGAUUACUACAGGAAGAAGCCUGCCCAAGCCCCUGUGUUGCUGAAGGAGUUCAUGAAGCAGGUCCAGUCCAGUGGAGUGUUGAUGGUAUUUUCCCAGGCAUGGGUUGAAGAACUGUACCACCAGGUACUAGAAAGGAACAUGCUAGGGGAAGCUGGAUACUGGGGAAGCCCUGAGGAGCACAGCCUUCCACUUAUCAGCAUGCUGACAGACAUCGACGGCUUGGGCAGCAGUACAAUUGGUGGCCAGUUGAUGGCAUCUGCUUCAGCUCAAUCUCCUCUUUCCCAGAACCGGAAGACAGAUGAUUCUGUUGUUGCAGGAAUUGCUUUUGCCCGAUACAUUUUAAUUGGCUGUUGGAAGAACUUGAUUGACACUUUGUCCACCCCGCUGACCGGCCGCAUGGCAGGCAGCUCCAAGGGGCUGGCCUUCAUCUUGGGAGCAGAAGGAGCCAAAGAGCAGAACCAGAAGGAGAAGGACUCCAUCUGCGUGAGCCUGGAUGGACUAAGGAGGGCAGCCCGGCUGAGCUGUGCUCUAGGAGUUGCUGCUAACUGUGCAUCUGCUCUUGCCCAAAUGUCUGCGGCCUCCUGUGUCCAAGAAGAGAAAGAGGAAAAAGAAAUGCAAGAACCCAGCGAUGCUAUAGCUCAAGUGAAACAGAAAGUGGAGCAGAAACUGGAGCAGAUGGGGAAAGUGCAGGGAGUCUGCCUGCACACUGCUCAUGUUCUGUGUAUGGAUGCAGUCCUUAACGUGGGUCUGGAGAUGGGAAGCCAUAAUCAGGACUGUUGGCCUCAUGUAUUCAGGGUGUGUGAGUACAUCAGCACGCUGGAGCACACCCACUUCAGUGAUGGUGCUGCCCAGCCCUCCCUUACCAUCACCCAGUCCCAGCAAGCACCCGGAGGGCAGCACGCAGACUCUGAGCCUGGGGAGGCUCCUCAGGCACUGACCCCCGAGCAAGAGACCACCCUGAGCAGCCACCCUGUCAUUCAGCCAGUUUCUAUCCAGGAUCUCAUCAAGGACAGCAGUAAGGGCAGAGCUUUUGACUUCCGUGGAGGCAGUCUGCUGUGUGGUACCAGUGCUGCCAAGGCUGUUCUCACGCUCUCCACGCAGGCUGACAGGCUUUUUGAAGAUGCUGCUGACAAGUUAAACUUGACGGCAUUGGCAGGCUUCCUUUACCAGCUCAAGAAGGCUUCUCAGGCCCAGCUUUUCCAUUCAGUCACAGAUACAGUUGAUUACUCACUAGCAAUGCCAGGUGAAGUAAAAUCUACACAGGACAGGAGAAGUGCUCUUCACCUAUUCCGACUUGGCGAUGCCAUGCUCAGAAUUGUAAGGAGUAAAUCCCGCCCGUUGCUCCACCUCAUGCGCUGCUGGAGCCUGGUGGCUCCUCACCUUGUAGAGGCUGCCUGUCACAAGGAGAGACACGUGUCUCAGAAGGCUGUCUCCUUCAUCCAUGACAUCCUCACAGAAGUGCUGAUGGACUGGAACGAGCCUUCUCACUUUCACUUCAACGAGGCACUUUUCCGCCCCUUUGAGCGCAUCAUGCAGCUGGAGCUGUGUGAUGAGGAUGUCCAAGACCAGGUGAUCACCUCUAUAGGAGAGUUGGUGGAAAUGUGUUCUACCCAGAUCCAGUCGGGAUGGAGACCCCUGUUCAGUGCCCUGGAAACAGUGCAUAGCAGCAGCAAGUCAGAGGUCAAAGAGUACCUCGUAGGAGAAUACUCUAUGGGGAAACGCCAGGCUCCGGUGUUUGAUGUCUUUGAAGCAUUUCUAAACACAGACAACAUCCAGGUCUUUGCCAACGCUGCCACCAGUUAUAUUAUGUGCCUUAUGAAGUUUGUCAAAGGACUGGGGGAAGUAGAUUGUAAGGAGAUGGGUGACUGUGUGCCAGGAUCAGGAUCUGCAUCUACAGACUUGUGCCUUCCCGCGCUUGAUUACCUCAGGAGAUGUUCUCAGUUGUUAGCCAAAAUCUACAAAAUGCCCUUGAAACCCAUCUUCCUCAGUGGUCGGCUGGUUAACUUGCCCCGAAGAGCACAGGAACAGUCAGCCAGCAGUGAGGAUGGGAUUGAGUGCAUCCUUUCUGACUUUGAUGAUGACACUGGCCUUAUCAAUGUCUGGAUUAUUCUACUGGAAGAAUUAACAACUGCCAUAUCCAACUGUCCCCGUCAGCACCAGCCUCCUACUUUGGAUCUGCUCUUUGAGUUGCUAAGGGACGUUGCCAAGACACCUGGACCAGGAUUUGGCAUUUAUGCAGUUGUACAUCUUCUUCUUCCCACGAUGUCUCUUUGGCUCCAUCGCAGCCAUGGUGACCACUCUUACUGGGAUGUGGCAUCUUCUAAUUUCAAGCAUGCCAUUGGCCUUUCCAGUGAACUUGUAGUGGAGCACAUUCAGAAUUUCAUACACUCAGAUAUUGGCUAUGAAAAUAUGAUCAAUACUAUGUUGAAAGAUCUUUUCAAGUUACUGGUAGCCUGUGUAGCAGAACCGACAGAAAUUAUUUCCAGAGUUGGCUGCUCCUGUAUCAGGUAUGUGUUGGUGACAGCAGGGCCUGUUUUCACUGAAGAGAUGUGGCGGCUUGCAUGUUGUGCCUUGCAGGAUGCAUUCUCUGCCACUCUGGAGCCAGUAAAGAACCUGUUGGGCUAUUUCCACAGUGGUACUGAAAGCUUCAGUGGAGAUGCCUGUGAAGUGAAGGUGGCAGCCCCCUCCCUCUCACCAAGUGCUGAAGCUGAGUAUUGGAGGAUCAGAGCUAUGGCACAGCAGGUCUUCAUGCUGGAGACUCAAUGCUCCCCUAAAACCCCUAGCAACAAGGAAGGGUUUGAACAUGCCCAGUCAUGUGUGCUCAUCAUUGACCUGCCACCAGAUAAGAAACCAAAUGGGCAUAACCAGAGAAGUAUUCCUUUCAGAACAAUAGUGGUGAGUUUGCUGUCCCACCAAGUACUGCUCCAGAAUUUAUAUGACAUCUUACUGGAAGAAUUUGUGAAAGGCCCUUCUAACUUGGAGGAGAAAAUGGCAAUACAAGUACCAGAAAACAAGUUGGCUGGUUUUCUCAGGUACAUCUCCAUGCAAAACCUGGCUGUCAUCUUUGACUUACUCCUGGACUCCUACAGAACAGCCAGAGAGUUUGACACCAGACCUGGGCUGAAGUGUUUGUUGAAAAAAGUGUCCGGCAUUGGUGGAGCUGCCAACUUGUAUCGCCAGUCAGCAAUGAGCUUCAACAUCUACUUCCAUGCCUUGGUUUGUGCAAUCCUGACAAACCAGGAGAACAUCACUGCAGAGCAAGUGAAAAAGAUCCUCUUCGAAGAUGAUGAGAGAAGCACAGACUCAUCACAGCAGUGUUCUUCAGAGGAUGAAGACAUAUUUGAAGAAACUGCCCAGGUCAGUCCCCCACGAGGGAAGGAGAAGAGGCAGUGGAGGGCUCGAAUCCCAUCUUUGAGCGUCCAGCCGGUCAGCAAUGCAGACUGGGGGUGGCUGAUCAAGCGGCUUCACAAGCUCUGCAUGGAACUGUGCAACAACUACAUCCAAAUGCAUCUGGACCUGGAGAACAAUGUAGAGGAGCCUCCAGUGUUCAAAGGUGACUCUUUCUUCAUUUUACCAUCUUUUCAUUCAGAAACCUCCACCCCAUCAACUGGAGGGCUGUCUGGAAAGGACACACCAUCAGAAGAUGACCGAAGUCAAAUCAGGGACCAGCUGGGAGACAGCUUGACACCUCGAGGAGGGAGUGGAGAAAUAUUGCUGCUACCCCCACCCCUGAGUCCUAAACCAGAAAAAAAAGAGCAAACCAAGAAAAAGGAAUGGUGGGAGAGUGCUGGUAACAAAAUCUACACCAUAGCCACUGACAAAACCAUUUCCAAGUUUAUGACAGAAUACAAGAAGAGAAAGCAGCAACAGGCAAUGACAUCCUUCACCAAAGAGGUCAAAGUGGAAAAGAAAGGGGAACUCCUGGGUUCAAGAGGGCCAGACUCACCUGUACUCCAGCGGCCUCAACAUCUUCUAGAUCAAGGUCAAAUGAGGCAUUCAUUCAGUGCUGGUCCAGAGAUCCUGAGACAAGAGAAGAGACCCCGUUCAGGGUCCACAGUCAGCUCCCUGAAUAUAUCUAUUAGGGAUGCAGAGGCCCAGAUACAGGCGUGGACCAACAUGGUGCUGACAGUUCUCAACCAGAUUCAGGCUCUGCCAGACCAAACUUUCACAGCCCUGCAGCCAGCAGUGUUUCCCUGUAUCAGCCAGCUGACUUGCCACGUGACAGAUAUCCGUGUCCGCCAGGCAGUACGGGAAUGGCUGGGAAGAGUGGGCCGAGUUUACGAUAUCAUCAUUUAAACCAAGCUGUGCUCUGAUGCAAAGGGCAGAAGACAUUCAAGGUAUACAGCAAAGAAGCACUUGGGGUUCAUUAAUUGCCUAUUUGUUGGUGAGAAAUUAAGAAACAACCAGCUUGUCAAUUUAUAUUGUCUGUCCACCUGAGAUUGUGUGUCCCUCACUCACACUAGCAAAGGAGGCAAAGCAUAAGUCUGUUUAGAGGAUCUGGCACGGCCCCAGAACCCAGAACUUGUCUGUAAAUCAGACUCCUACCAGAAGAGAUGCAUUUCAUAGCCUUCAUUUCAAUUCAAAUUUGCAGCAGUGGGAGCCACCAGAAACUGCAGCAGAACUUCCACACUUGAAGUUAGCUGUGAGUGCAGCUGUCAUGGGGGUGUCAAACCAAGUCAGUAAACCUAUUUAACGUAGAAAAUAAAUGAAUAAAUCCAAGUCAGUGGAAAGGUGGGGCUAUAGGACAAGUAAGAAGGUGACAUUUUUUAGGGUAACAUCUUCCCUUCAAAAAUUGGCAUGAGAGAGGAUAGCCAGCUAAAGAUUAUUGUAGUAACUAAAUGUGUUGCUCACUAGCGAAAGUGGAAAUUUAUUUUGCUCCGAGAGGAGCCUUUGUAGUCACAUUUGGAGUAGCUAAAGAAUCCCAGGUCUAAAAUGGGUGAACCAAGCCCAGACUAUUGAUCCUUUCAUUGCUCUUAUGGGGUAUUGCUCAAAGAGAAAUGGCACUGUCAAACUGCCCUCUCUGCAACACCACCCUGGCUGCCUCUUCCCCUAUGCCUACAGCUGAGCAUUUUGCCACAUGUCUAAUUCCCUCUAAGGGCAAAAGGGAAGUUUGUUUUGCUCUUACCUGUGAAGCUGUGAGGAAGACACACCACAGCAAAUACCAGCAUGUGCCAGUAUCCAGCAUUCAAGCAGAGUAAAAUGUUCCAGUUUAAGCACCCCUGCAGCUGUUAUUCUACUGGAAAUUUAAGUUUGCUUACAUAAAGCUGCUGUAGCCAGGAACACCCUUAUCACCUUGGUUAAAUGUCACUGCACUUGGAGCUGAAGGAAGAUGGAAAAUGGUAUGAAAGGGAGGUAUAUUUCCUGUUUCUCUCUCAUUUCUUGUCUGCUGCUGUAAAUAGAAAAAGACAGAUCCUCAUGGAGGUACAUCCCCCCUCCAUGCAGCACUCCUAUUGGGACUAUUGCAAUUUGCUGUUAUUAGUAAGAGAGAGGAGAAGGGGGAGGAUUGACUAUUGUGUUGUCAGAUGCAUAUGUGAUGCUUUUCACACUAUACAAAGCAAGGGUUACCUUGCUGCACAAGUUAUGUCACAGCCCUUGGGACAUUUCAUCUCAUACUCCCAUGCUAUAUCAUUUGUUGAUAACUUGUUGAAAACGAAUUUAUUUUAAUUUUGGGUGACCCCUCAAUGCUGUUCUCCCAAGGCUUUUAAAAUGUGCAUGCCAACUAAAUAUACAGCUUCAGUCCCUGCUCCAAAGCAUCCUAAGAAAGUCAUCUCUUUAUGUAAGGCCUGGAUUUUGCAAAACCAACUGCUUUUAGCAUCUUAAACCUAAAAAACAGAGGGAGCCAAGAAGCUCCACUGAGCAGCCAUCUCCCAAGCUGCUUUGUUUACAGAGUCUGACACUAUCUUCCUGCCUUUUCCCUCCAUUGCCUACUUCCCAUUUGUCACCUGCUAGUCUUGUGCAGGAAGUAUUUGUCCCAUAACUUUCUGUAGUGCCAGUCAUGCUGUUUCUCUUUCUUUAAAAAGUUUCCUAUGCUAAAUUGUUUAAAAGACAUUAAAAUUCUGUAAAAAACACCUCUUUUCUACCACCUAAACUGACUUUAUUAAUUACUAAUUUAGCAAUGUUUUCAAUUGUCAGUUUUUCCCCAACAGUUUAAUACUUCCUCAGGGACAGGUUAGAUUAUGCUUUGGUAUCUGGGAGAGCAGUAGCAUAGUUUGAUUUCUGUUGCCAUGUCUUUCUUAUACAUCUUUAGGUAGAGUGAAAGUGUGGUUACAUUUUUUGUUCAGGUUUUUAUUUGGCAUCUAUACAGAGCUGCAUUUAAAGCAGUACAUUAAUUAGGCAACGACAGAAAUCAGAAUAAUAAACCAUAUUCAAAGCAGCCAACUCUGAUGGUUUUCAUUAUAAAUGCAUUGAAUGGAUGCAGAUCCUUGCUGUACUGAUCUAAAACUAAAGCAAAUUCCUAAAUUAUGUAGGAGAAAUAAAAUUGAUAGUACCAGUGAAAUCAUUCAGGACUACAGAAGAGGUCCUACAAUCUAGGAGACACCAUGGUUGCAAUACAAAAUCCUUCUGUUAAUCAGUAAAAAAAAAACUUUAGGAGUGCCAAUACCAUUACCACCACUUCCCUCAAGCUCAUGAACACAGUAUAACCUAGUGUUACCUGAUUAGCCACCAUCUUGACCUAAAAUGUAAUUUCAUUUUAGCUAUUUACAUUACAAAUACCAAAUUGGAAAAUGAGGACAAGUAAAUUUUCUGUGUUGCUGUUGGCCUGUUUUGAGCUUUGUCCUUCAAAUUAUGCACUAAGUGCCCAUUGUCACCCUCAGUGCCUCUGCUCAUUAAGACCCCUCCCUAAAAGGUCAUAAGUAACUUUGAAUAAUUCCAGAAAUGUAAUUUAGAAGGAGGGGAGAAGGAAUAUUUGAAGCAGCAAUUAUUCACAGAGCAAUUUACAGAGCAAAGUUCAGCAUGUGCUGCUCUUCCUUUUCCUUGUGUGUAUAAAAUGCUAACCAGGUGAGGAGAGUGGCCCAUGGCCACUUCAGUAACCACAACCAUGAGAUGUAGAAGCUAAAGCUUUCUGAUGCACCUUCAAAACAUAAACAAAUAAAAAAAUUAGUUGGUUCAUCAGAGUCUCAGCAAAUUUUCUGCUAGUUUAGCUAUAGACAUCAGUAAGCCCCAAAGAAGUAGAAUAAUAAAUGUGUGACAUCACCAUUUCAUAGGUCCCAUGUGGUCUGUUUCAUGGCUCAUGAGUGCCAGCAUGAUGCCUUCAGACCUCAUAAAGCAAGCUUUUAACCCAAAGGAGAAAUCUGUCAGAACAGUCCCAGAAAAAGGGGGCUGGAUCAGCCUGUCCUAAGCUUCAGAAGGGGAAUUCCCUACACUGCCCACCCCAGUCAUGUCCAUGCUACAGUGGCUUUUCUGCUUUCUGCUUGUGAGUGGGGAAGCAGCUCAGUCAGUAGCAGUAGUGUUCCUUGUAUCCAUAUGUGUAUUCACUCGUGUAUCCCAUUCAAAUCCUGUUAGCUCUGUAACCUCUUGCAUGGCAGGGUAUUGGCAGUUUUACUGUUGAACCCUUCAUUUGAGCCUUGAGCAAACCAGUCUCUUUGCUUUACAGUCUGAGCUUGCUCUUUCUCUUUGCCUUGGUUAAUGACCACAUUCUUCUCUUUUCUUGCCCUUACUUUUUUUGUCACAUAAAUUUCUAUAGGAGUUGGGUUUGGUUUUUUCUAUUGAAUUGGCCAGUUGUUUUUAAAAAUGAUUGCCCAGUAAAUUUUGCUCAACUGAAAUGCUUUAAAAAAGAAGAUGUGGUAGCUUGACAUCCUUCUCAGGUACCAGAGCUGCACCUCUGCUGCCUUUGCCUAAUUCACACUGCCCUCCUCAGGGCCACCACAGGCAGCAGAGGCAAGGACAUCUCAUUUUCAAAUCUCGUAGGCAGUUGCCUGCAGAGAAAGUUGCUGCUGCCCAGCAUCAACUACGUUUAAGCACAUGAAAUAGCUCAUCACUGUGCAAAUAUUUAAAGCUGAGAAAAGCAGAGCACUCAUCAGGAAUGCAAUCCUUUUCCUACAGAACAGGGGCAGGGUUUGACCCCAACUUACAUGGUCUCAGGUCAUUGCAUAUGUUUGCACUUCAUUCUGCACUGUGAACAUAUGCAGUCAUAUGAGAUGAUUGACAUGUAUAUGUACAGAUACCUGUGGCUCCAAUCACUGCCAUAUUCUGGGCAUUCAGCAUAUUUUCAGACAGCUAUCCACAUUAGUAAUAUGCUUAUCUGCUGUGUUACAUAUUUGUGUCACACCAGCAAUGGUUAACACAGUUAUUUUGGUACCUUUUCUGAGCAUUCAGCAGCCAUUGAAUUACCACCCCUAUCUCUUGUGUAACAUACCUUCAUGCCUUUAUGAUGUUAAAAUAAAGAUUUAAUACUUUCCUAGGGAUAAACACUCAUUUGAGAACAACUGACUUAAUUUACCAUAUAGAAAUAAUUAUUAGAAAAAGAUUUAUACAGACCUGGGCAAUACUUUCCUUGUACAUCUCCCAGCACAGGCAACACAGCUUUUGCCUCAUCACAGAUUAAAAGUUUAUGUCAUCUGCACUGUGGCUUGCUCGUGUCAAGGCCAAGCACAGUUUACACCUGUGACUUGUAAGGUGCUUUCCCUUUCAGUUUGAGUUUCAAGUUUUGUUUAAAAUUUAAACCUUUAUGUAAAAGUCACUGACAAAUCCUCACUCACCAAAGAUAAAACCCCCACCUCUAAGUACCAUGUGCCAUCUUCACCUGUGCUUUGUAUAGCAGCAUCUCAGUGUUGGUAUCAACACUGCAGAGCCCAGCACAGCACUGGCAUGAAACCAAGUUGCAAACAAGUUAGAAAGCAGAGUCCAGCUCCAUUUUCUGCCUCCACUUUGUACCUUUCUUCACAGCUUGGGCCCACACUCAAAGUGCCAAAGCUGUCAAAAUCGAUGGAAGUUAAGUAGCUAGGGAUCUUUAAUACUCAGGACUCAGUCCUUGAAUUCUUCAAUCCCUACAUACAGGUUCACAAGUCCUCAGGAAAGGGGGAAUCCUGGAAAGUUCUUUGUGUCACCUUCUCUGCUGCUGUCCUCCAUACACCUCCUGCUUGAAAAUUCCACGGGAACCAGCACACAGCCCCGUACUGCAAAACUAGAACCCUCACUUUUGUACAGAUCCAGCAAGCCAAAGUGAUUUAUUUUUCACUUAGCUCAUCUGUAUAGAAGCCUGUUGAGAAAUUGUGCAUGUGGUUUGGCUAUUGUCACCUUCAGCAAUCCAUUCUAGAAAUAAAUGCCAUUUCUUAGUGCUAAAUUGUUUUUAAUUCACAAAAGAAGUGAAGUGCUUCCUUCCCCCCCCACCCCCACCUUUAUACUAAGAUAUAUCCAAGGUGUCUAAGCAGGCUAUUUAUUCAUUACUCCAGUCACAGUAAUUUGUGGGAAGACCUGUGUCCAGGUAUGUGAUAUGAAAUAGGUUUUUUUCAGUUGCUGAUCAUUCCACAAUUGUUAAAGAAGUAAGAUGAUACCAUCAAUUUACCAAAAGAAGCUUCUCUUCUUUUAGUGUAAAGGACCAAUUUACCAUUGCACAGAAGCACAAAUGUUGGAUUUUAUGCAAUGUAGAUAAAAGCACGUGGCAGCUAGUGAUCCCCCUUCACUGAGCCUCCCUAAUUUGAGCGGAGCUUCUAUAGGGAUAUCACCAAAGGGUCUCAGCAGCCCUCACCAGCAACAUGCCUGGGACUCCAGAAGUUGUACAACUGCAAGGAAGAAGUAAUUUCCACUAAUUCCUCUCAGAACACGUACUUUAUAUGUGACACUAAUAUGAUACUAAACAAACAGUUUUGGCCAAACAUUUAAAAAGCCAGCAGUGCUGGCUUUUUAAAAAGAAAAAAAUGAAAACACACAUGGCCUAAGUGUGCAUCAGUCUUUUCACUUAGUGCUCAGAGGUCCCCAAGCUGAAAACUAAAAGCAGAGCGAAGAAGAAAUGCCCUAAUUCUGUGGAUAUUAGUGGAGCUAUUCUGUAUGAUCCUGGAUUAAUGCAAUAAUGAGCUUGCCUGUGGAACCAGAUCCCUCAAAUUCCAAUUUUUGGCAAAAUCACAAGUUGAGGUUUGCAUAGUCUACACUGCCACAUUGAAUCAGGGAGCUGAGUUUAUGGAAAGCAUUUUUGAUUAAGAAACAUGGCAACAGGAUCUAUUCAAUUCUUUUACCCCAACAUCCCACUUUUCAAAAGGUGGUUUAUGUACUUUGAUAAAUUUUGUCUGACUCCCAUGGAGCAUCAGGGCCCUGUUUCCUGUCCAUGCAUUUGGUCCAUCUGGGCUGUGGUGAAGUUCCACAAGCAGCAAGUUGCAGUGAGAGAGCUGAGCUGGCAGACAGGCACAGGUACACAGGUUCAAGCAAGGGACAAAUAUCUCCUCCACAAUCAGGCUGUGACACCUGAGCCCCCCACUCUGCAGAGGAAGACAGGACUCGAAACCAAAGGGACAGCAGCAGGAAGGGCAGAGCACGGUGGUGACAGAGCCCUGUAGUGCAUGCAUGCUGUUUGCUAGAGCAGAUGGGAGCAAGGGGUUGAAGGUGUGCAAUGACAACAGCAAGAACCUUCUUUCAGUUCCCCCCACUUCCUCUUCUUGCCACUUUCCCCUCCUCCCAUUUUGUCAUUUUUGUGAGACUGCAAACAUACUUCUAUGGGCCCUUCAACCAGAACUGAAAGCAAGCCAAAGGGAGUGGACACUCCAUUUCACCAAAGAUCUAAGUCUUUUCUGUUUGAAAAUUUAAAAAACAAAAUCAAAUUUUAUUUCCAUGAUGAUGGCUGCCAGAGGAAGCAUUUUACCACAAAACAUGAUUCCCAGGACUUAAUCUCUCUAGCUGUAUAUUCAGGAGCAGCCAAUAGUACUUCUUAAGAGAGACUUGUCAAAUUACCUUGUCAAACAAGUGCUUACAUUGGGUUUACCUUCUGCUGAGUUCAUACCUAUCUGCAAUUCCUUGGUCUCAUCCAUGUUUCCUCCCUCUACCUUUCUGCUCUUCUUCAGAAGAACACUUCCCCAUGUCCACUGUGUCCUGUUGUGCCGCUAGCUUUGUAUGGUCCUUGGGUGUCCAGUGGUUGGGCAGUCACUGUCAGCUGGCUUGCAAAUUGUAUUUUGUGUAUAUUUUAUUCUGACUGAAUUCUGAAAUGGAAAUAUUUUAAAACAAAAAGUAUAAACUAUUUAUGUUGCUUGUGUUGUAGAAUAAAGAUGCAAAUGCAAAAUAAA